AAACAAAGAUUUCAUUUUCAAGGGUUUUGGGCCGGGGUUUUUCCAACGCCCAACUCCUGCGCCGUCGUCUCUCCGCCGCCAACAGCUUCCGAUUCCCACACUCCCCAUAAAAGUGAAAGCAUUAAACUUAAUCCAAGCACUUCUCCCCCAAUAAAAGAUCAAACACCAUGUGGUAUCUAUGCGUCUUCUACCACAGGUUGUUGGAGUACAGGAAAGCUGAGUUCGAAUCCCUCGCCGGACUUUUCGAGGGCCGGAGCGGCGCCACCCAUCUCCAAUGGCGGCUUCCGGAAGACCACCAUCCGGAUUCGCCGUUCCAUUUCGUCAAUCUUCCAUCCGAAGAGACGGCCCGCUUCAUUGCCAAUCGAAGUAUACUUGUGAAGGGCAUAUACGAAAUUUGGGGCGAAGGGCGGAGUUUUGAGGAACUGGAGGAGGCUGUGAGUAGUUAUCCAGAUGAGCGGAAGACUCUCUACUUGAGUUCUGGCACCACAUUCAGAAUCACUGUUGAAUGUUUUGGAAAAGCUUUAAGCUUUCCCGAGCAAAACGAACGUAUCCAGAAGUUGGCAUUCGUUCCGUUUCAGGGACGGGUGAAUCUGAGGAAUCCUGAUCAUAAUUUCUGUCUUAUUGAUAACGAUGAUUAUGGAGAUAAAAACGGGCUUCCUCCUGCGUCCCAAAGGAGAAUCUUUUUUGGCCGGGAGGUAGGUGCUUCUGAUAGGAAGAUCUUGCAAACAUAUCAGCUAAAAAGCCGUAAAUAUCUUGGCCCGACUGCCAUGGAUGCAGAAAUGGCUUUCCUGAUGGCAAACCAAGCACAAGUCAAACCUGGAAAAUUGGUUUAUGAUCCUUUUGUUGGUACAGGAAGUAUUCUAAUUGGGGCUGCUCAUUUUGGAGCAAUGACAAUGGGUGCAGAUAUUGACAUCCGGGUAGUGCGUGAUGGCCGUGGUCCCGAUUGCAAUAUCUGGAGCAACUUUAAGCAGUAUGGAUUGCCAAUGCCGGUAUCUUUAUUAAGGGCCGAUAAUAAUCUUCCCCCAUGGCGUGCUGAUUUAAAAGAGAUGUUUGAUGCCAUAAUUUGUGAUCCUCCUUAUGGGGUUCGUGCCGGGGGACGUAAAUCUGGUGGACGUAAGCUCUUAAAAGGUGCUGUAGAUCCUUACACAGUGCCAGACGAUAAAAGGGUCGGCCACAUACCUUCUACCGCUCCUUACAGCUUAGUGGAGUGUGUGCACGAUUUGCUCGACCUUGCUGCUAAGAUGCUCGUGAUGGGUGGGCGUCUGGUCUACUUCUACCCCGUUCUGAGAGACGAGGAUUCACCUGAUCCAACCUUCCCAGAGCACCCGUGUUUCGAAUCAGUUGCGACAUGUGAGCAAAUACUCAGCUUUAGAUACAGCAGGGUCUUGCUAACCAUGGUUAAAGUUGCACCGUACACUGAAGAGAUCGAGUCGGCGGCGAGGCUCAGACAUCUGGAGUUCAAGGAAAACCACCUCAAGUGGUUAGAAGAUGGCAACUUACAUUCAGCUGUUUUUAGCCCUGCUGAUGUAACAGGUGAGAAGCUCAGCUCCAAACCUAAAUAUAGGGGCAAAUACGUCUAGCUCAAAUAUUUACAGACAUUGGUUUUGUAAUUUUAAUACUCUGUGAUUUAUUUGUAAUCUCAUAGUAAAUGCUAAUGGAUUUUGUUAGGAAGUUUUGAAGAGGAGUGAGUGCUCUAUAAAUAGUCAGGACUCUUUUAAUCUGAUUCUGUACGGAAACUAGUUCUUGAUAGUAAUUUGAUUCCUAAUUUUUAGUUUUAA